GACGCGUUACAGGGUAAAGGUGAUUUCUUCCUGCGGCACUAAGCAGUCUCCGAGUACUGCGCUCCUGUGCCAGUUACCUCUCCUAGCGCAGUCAAUACGCGACACUUUCGCCGCUUCUUCCUGUCUCUUUGGACUUUUACGAACUUAUCGACAAAAGAUGUCUCUCAGUCGAAAAAACUGAAGGCUUUGUCUAGUCUAACGCGCCAGUGGACGUUGGAAGAUGAAGAGGAGGUUGAAAGAGAGAGAAGGAGGAGGGUGAGGGGUUCGAGCAGCACAGCUGACCCUGACUCACCCGGCGCCGAUAGCCCGUCCAGAGACGCGCCCAUCUACUGCAGCCCUCCUGUCGGGGCGGCUCCCGAGAAGGCCCAGAACAGCAGUGCUGAGCCGGGGAGCGAGGACUUUGUGGAGAUGCUGCAGGUGCGGGGACGAGAGGCGGCGGAUGAGACACGUGGAGACGCUGAGGAGGCAGAGGGCCGAGGAGGACGGGGAGGAGGUGGAGGGGGCCGGGGGGAGGGCCAGGGUGGAGCUGCUGGGCGACUCGGAGGAGGAGGAGGGUGACGGAGCGACGAAGGGAGGGAGGCUGGCGGCCGUGACGCUGGCCGCCACCAAAGUGUCCCGCGUUGCUCCGCCAGUCAGCCUCCGCAGCAACGGGACCAGAGGCAGCACCACGAGUGGGACCCCCAACAGACAGCAUGGGAACGGAGACUCAACCAGAAAAGUUCCUGAUGAAAAUCCCUCCUCUCCCUCUUCACACAAGUUUGUCAGUUCGGUUUGCAUCUCCCUCGACAGCUGCACCUCCCCCACCGAGAAGAGCCCGCGCCCGGCCGCCUUCGGGCCCACACCUCCUGCGUCUCCCGGCCAGCCCUGGGGCUCUCCCUGCCACAGCCCCUCUCCAAGAGGACCCCAGAGCCCCAUACACAACGGGUUCACUGCCGAGGCCGCUGUGAACAGCUCUCCCUCCACCGACCCGGCCAACGGCAAUCAAACCAACAGACCCUCCCUUGGCAGGCAGAGCUCCAGGACCACCUCCUUCAGGAUGCUGAAGAAGAAAUCCGGAGAGGCGGCGCCGAUACGAAGAAGCUCGAGUGUUCGACUUACAUCCCAGAAAUUUGAAUCAAACGCUGACCCAAAUCAAGAAGAUGAGAAAACGUCGAAUUUCCAGAGGAACACCAGACAGAGGGUGUCCUCCCGCUCCAUCCAGGAGAAGAUGGAGCGACUGGCUCAGGCUUCACAGAAGCCGGAGGUGUCGCGGUUCACAGACGUCACCCAGAGGACCCUGGUCUUACUGGAAGAGGUGUCAAGGAAGAGGGAUCUGUUUGAGAAGGAGCACCAGGCCUCCAGCCCCACCAGCCCUGGAGUCUCCAGACAGGAGUUCCGCACCUUCACGUCUGGCAUCUCGGAUCGCAUUAACCGCUGGGUCCACAAGAGCACCAAGCCAGGCUCCUCCCCCAACCCCGCGGACCUGAGGCAUGUUGAUAUCAGCAGCAAGAAGAUCCUGUUUGAGAGCAAACACAAGGAGUGAAGGAUCUGCCACGAGGGGAUUCCUGGAUUCAGAAACUGAAGUCAGAAAAUGAUCGAGAAUGAAAUGGAGGAUGAACUUGUGUUGUGGUUCUUCGUGUUUAUUCCUGAAGCUCUUUUGUUUUCCCAUACUUGCACAGAAGAGAUGCAAGUGGAGCAUCUACGGUCUCAGUGGAAGGAAGUUGCUUUUUUGUUUUGGCUUAAAGAUUAGAUAGAUAUUAGAGAAAUGAUUGUUUGCUUCUUGGUGGCUAAGAUACGGAGUGAGAGAUAAGAGACAGCAAUACAGAAUAUAUCAGUGAAUAGAGUUGCACCAGUGACCCUUGUGUUUCAAGUCUUGAGUAGUUCCGUUUAACUUCAGGUGAUUUAAUGCACUUUGCACAGUUGAAGGCCUUUUGUCUGAUAAUAACUUUUCUGAUUAUCAGAAUUUGAAAUUCUGGGACCGUAAAUUCUGUAAAUGAGGGUUAUGUUUGUGGUGAAAGUUGUUCUUCUUACUGUGCUGCCAAAUUUAUGUUUUCUGUUUUAUUUGCCUUGUCUUGUAUGCUUCAAAGGUAGGUUGCUGCCUGGUGACAAAAUAAAAUCUUUUAUGACAAACUGUAAA